AUGUCGUUCUUCGGAUCACGAUCAACUGGAGGCUCUUCCGAUUUGGUCAGUUUCUAUGAAGGCAACGGUCGUGACUUUCGAGGACGAUCGCUCGCGAACAUCCUUCGAUGGAAUGCCUCUAAGCUGGAGUCAUCUCAUGACUACAUCCAAACUGUCUUCCCGCUGCCUGAAGGAUCUGGUGUGAACUGGGAUGCGCCCAUCAUCGACCGCAGAGUCUUCGAUGCUUUCCGAUCCCGCCCAGAACUGCGAGCAAAGCUGAGGGAGUCAUUUCAGAAGAUCUUGUGGUUCUAUGGACUCAAUCUGGAGAAGGAAGGAGAUGUCUUCAAGGUUGUCAAAGGUGGCAACUAUGAGCAGCACAAAGAAAAUUGGGACUCCCGAUUCGACCACAACCAUCUUCGAAUCACUAGAAUUAUCCGUUGUCUCCGUGUUCUUGGCCUCGAGCAAGAAGCCCUGGCAUUCCACUCAGCCCUCGAGGAGAAUUUCCAAUACGUCAGUUCAAGAUCACGUGAAUAUUGGCGCCGAGCAGCUGAACGAGGCUUGAACAUUCGUCCAGAUCUCGAAAUCGACGACGAGGAUGAUGAUACUAUUGGACCAAAGUUUCUCCGUGAAUACGAGCAAGAAAGAAAGAAGAAGGGGGCUGAGGCUGAGGCAGAGAAAGACAAGGCUACAGCCGAGCUCAUCUCCAAUAGUGCAACAGAAACCAAUGACAAGGAGAUCGCCACCGAUGCAGCACAAGAUUCAAACACCACCGCUGAAGAUAUAAGUGUCAAUGGUGUGGAAGACACAGUCGCUGGCGAGGAUGAGAAGGUUACUGGCGAAGAAGAAAAUAAGAGUGCGGGAAUCACUAAGAUUGCAGAUGCGGAGCCGCAAGCGAUUGCUGAUGAGAUUUCCGAUCCCAAGGAAGUGGUCAAGUCCAUAUGA